CGGUGCUGGAGAGCGGCCUCGCGUCACCGCGACAUGGACGCGACCACCGCCCCGCACCUCAUCCCCCCGGAAAUGCCCCAGUACGGGGAGGAGAACCACAUCUUCGAGAUGAUGCAGGCCAUGCUGGAGCAGCUCCUCAUCCACCAGCCCCCGGACCCCAUCCCGUUCCUGAUCAGUCACUUGCAACAAGACAACGAUAAUGUGCCGAGGAUUGUAAUAUUAGGUCCACCCGCCUCCGGGAAAACGACUAUAGCCAUGUGGCUUUGCAAGCACCUGAGCAGCAACCUCAUCACCAUGGACAGCCUGCUGGCCCAGGAGCUCCCCUUUCUGCCUGACGCCACCAAGAUGUGUUACCAGAGAAAGAAGGUGCCCAACCUGCUGCUGAUCAAGCUGCUCCGGAGACGCCUGGCGCAAGAGGACUGCGUCCAGCGGCCAUUUGUCCAGGAAUUAAGGGGAGGGGACAGCAUCGAAGCGACCGGAAACUGCCUGCACUUCCUCUACGAGACGCUCUGCGCCUCGGUCCACCCUUGGCUGGGAGUGGCCAGUCGCAUCAGACUCGGGUGGCCCCCAGCCCUGUGCCCCCCCAUCCAGAGCCCGCUGUGGGCUGCCCACGCGGACGACUGGAGGGCCCCCGUAAUGGGCACCCCGCCACGCCGCAAAGAGGGCCCCCAGACGCAGGCCUCGGGCCCCAGACACUGCUGGCGAGUCCGGGGGGCCCAGGAGCGCGAGGUGUCCUUCGUGCUCCGGCCAGACCUUCUGGAAGCGUCUCCUCCUCCACGGCGGCCCCGGCGGAUGGCACAGACCUACAUCCAGGAAGCGGCUGGCCUGCACUUUAUUCUGCCCACCACGGCAGCCACGGUGCGGGAGGCGCUUGACGUGGCUCCAGCCUCUCCACCGCCCACCCCCCCGCCAGAUCUUCAUGACCUCGAGAUUCAGGGCUGCCAGGCGGCCCCUGCUGGCAGCUCCUGCGGGUAA